CGCCCCCUUAGCUUUGUUCACCUCUCCCUCUCUGAGCUGGAGUGCAUGGCGUCUGAAUUCAGUUGUUGAGCGCUCUUUGCACUGGGUGGCUUUAUUCAGUUGCACUUUAUUGUAGUUUUUCUGUCAGGACUGUUUGCUACAUAGAGAAAUUAUUCAGAGAGAUGCAAGGUAAGCAAAGAGUGACUGCAAGUGGUGCACACAAAGGAUCUUGGAAGAGGGAAGUUGGAGGCUGCCAAGAGGAACAGGUGGAGCACCGGCAUCAGCAACUUUAACAGUUUAACGUAAUUACUUCCAAAGGGCCCAGACGCUCGAAUGCAUUUAUCACUGGAUACCAUGAGCAUGGUGGACGACAGCUGCCUCUCACCCAGCCACUUCCAUGAAAUGGGGAAAGGUGGGGGCGUCACUGUGGGGGGCUGCGUCCACAGCAUCGAUGUCAUACUGGGUUUCAGUAAAGAUCAGGACCCCAUGCUCAGCCCUGCUGGGGCCCCUGGGAGGCAGCAGGAGCCCUCAUCACACCCAACCUACAGCGGCCACCUUUCCUCCCUUAGAAACGACAGCACAGAGCAGCAGCAGCAGCAGUACCAUGAUACCAGCUUAUUCACAAAUAAAUGUGAUGAGGAGCUGAGUGAGCUGAGGACAAGUGUCGAGAGUGAUGAAGGCAAGUCUCCAGAGUCAUGCAAGGAUGAACAGCCCAAGAAGAAGCACAGGCGCAACCGCACCACCUUUACCACCUACCAGCUGCACGAGCUGGAGCGUGCCUUUGAGAAGUCCCACUACCCGGACGUGUACAGCCGCGAGGAGCUUGCCAUGAAAGUGAACCUCCCGGAGGUCCGAGUUCAGGUCUGGUUCCAGAAUCGCAGAGCUAAAUGGCGUCGGCAGGAAAAAGUAGAUGCUAGCACUAUGAAGCUUCACGACUCGCCCAUGCUUUCCUUUAACCGCCCAGCACCAGUCCACACCAGCAUGGGUCCAAUGACCAACUCCCUCCCCUUGGACCCCUGGUUGUCCUCUCCCCUGUCCAGCGCCACACCGGUCCACAGCAUUCCGGGCUUCAUGGGUCCAGCUCAAGGCCUCCAGCCCAGCUAUCCCAGCCACAGCUUCCUCAACUCAACUCCUCACCCUCAUCCUCACUCUCAUCCUCAUCCAUCCAUGGGCCAGGGGAUGCAGAGUAUGGCGCCUCCUCCAUACCAGUGCACAGCACCGUACCCUAAUAAAUAUCCUCUGGAGGACGUGGACCAGCGCAGCUCCAGUAUUGCUGCUCUGAGAAUGAAAGCCAAGGAACACAUCCAGUCAAUGGACAAGACCUGGCAUCCUAUGUGACUAACAAACCUGGCGGCCCAUGUGAAUGACAUUGGGAAAGGGAGAUUUUGAAAUUGUUUCUUGAGGUUCAGGGUCAACAGACAUAAAGUAAAAUGUUGGAAAAAUAUGGCAGUGACUUGUCUGAUACCCACAGAGCAAAGGAAUUGGAUUUUGAACUGUGAAAACUGGGGAUUCUUCUUCUUUGGACUAUAUUUUUUAUUUUUCCUCAUCUCAAGGACAUUAAGCAGACAUGUGAACUCUGAGGUCUUGUUAAAUUGUUCAUUUUAAACCACCAAUUACCUGACAUCUGUUCCCUCCCAUGUAAAAGUGUUUAGCGUUGCCUUGGCUGCUGUAAAAGCACAUCUUCUCAGUCUUCUUGGUAACCAUUACACCCUGGAAGCAAGGACAUUUCUUUCCUUGUAACAAACUAUAGUAUAUUUACAGGUUUGCUUCCGUUUGGAUAAAUGCAUAGUUCCAUCAAUAUUCAUGAAUGGCUUGUCUAGUGAUAUAGACAGGUUUUCAGGGGUCAUAUACAUAGUUUGAACAUAUAUGUAAGUAAUAUAUGUAAGUAAGUAACAUGCAAAUCUUUAUUAUUGUUCUAAUUACUUUUCUCUUAUUUAUGUCAACCAUCAAAAAUUAAAUUAGACAAAACAUCCUACAUCCAGCUGUCCAUUUUCCCACCAAGUUUGCGUUUUACCUAAUUAAUCCAACUGUUCAUCCAUUUUCAUGGGUCAGCUAAUCAGAGCCACAAAGUACUUUGUGGAUGAAAGUCCAGUUUCAGAUUAAUGUGAGAGCAGCUUUUAAAAAUCACAGCAGUGUAUCUGACUGUGACUGUAAAAUACACAUCUCACUAAUCUGUUGAUUUAUAAAAAGACGUGUUAUUGGCUUUCAGCUAAACUACAAAUUAAAGAAUGGUUUAUGUUGCUACUUACUGGCUGCCCAGUUUAUAAACUGUAUAUUGAGCCUUUAGCCUAGAUAACCUGUUAUGACUGGAGGAAGAUGACAGCGGAGGACCAGUGAUGCCUACUGUUGUGGUUUUUUAACAUACAGGGAGAGGAGAAUCUCUCAACUAUGCUGAUGGACUAGAUAAUUGUUUGGUGGGAAAGUGUACUGGAGUCAGAGAUGUGAUGGCACCUUCAAAGUGUCCACGGCUGAGAAUAUACCAAAAAUAAUUCUGCACAGUUAUAAUCGUUUUUUCUGAUUUGUGCGGAGAUGCUUUAAAGAAGGAAGGAAGGACGUUUAAAAGAAAGAAAAGCUAGGGAGCAGAGUAACCCUUUUUUUGCUUGAGUGGCUGUUGGAGGAGAAGACCUGUUGGCAGCUCAGUGUUGGGUGGCUGCGUGUACGUGCAGGGCAGCAGAAAGAGCCCUGUGUGAUGCGUCAGCCCACAUAGUUAAGUCUUUGUUCAGCACAAUUGAUCCAAGUGUAUCCUCUUUGUCUAAAAUUGAAGGGGUGGGGGGGUGGGACUGUCUCAGGCUGCACUAAAUAGGCCCUUGUAACCAUUUUGUUAUGGACGUGUUUUUUUUAUUAUUAUUCUACAUCAAAGGAGAAAAACAUAGAUUGUAGCUGCUAUGGUCACUAGUGACACAAUAUUUGUCUCUUCCCAUCUGUUAUGGAGUCAAACUCUAAUUGUCUUACAGAUAGAAAUGAUCAAACCUAACCACAAUGUGUUUUAUAUGAGCAGUAGAGUUAGAUAAAUUUGUAUUUGGUAUUGAGACAUAUACAAAUAGCAUCUCACAUAACAAAAAGUUAUAUGGUAACUUUUUGACUUAGUUAUGGAACAAGAGGGAGAAGAAAGUCCUUUAUCUUAAAGUGCAAUUUCAGACUCCUUUUAAUUUUUUAUUUAAAAAAGGAGACACUUGUUCCCCCUAACUAUCUAUUGUGUAGUUGUGAUAUUUAAUUUUAAUUUGGUGGGAAAGUUGUGCUGACAGCAUGUUAUACAUCCACACUGACUAGAGCAGCAAGAACAACAACACUAUUACGUAAUUUCUUUAUUAAAAUACAUUGUCGUACUGCUCAAAGAGGGAAAAACAGUUAUUGACUAUUGUUAUAGUGAUGUUUAGAAUCCCUAUUGGAAAAUAAGGACCUCACAACAUGGAUGAAAUGAGGAUUACCUUGCACAUUAAGAGCUUCUUUAGGAAGCUACAUACAGUAAAUGUGAAGUUGGAUCAAGAACAAGCCAAAGGUUAGAUAAUGGACAAAAAUGCACUAGAAGUUUGACAGUUUUAGUUAUUUUUUAUGGUUUUAAUUAUGUUCAUGAUAUUUACCUGUAUGUUUUGUUUCUAAUAUGUUGUAGUUAUAUCUGUCCUAGGGAUACCAUUGUUUUCUCUUUUGUUAAUUUUGUCUGGAUCGUUGUUGUCCAUAAUCUGAAAAGAAUGAAGAUCUACUGAAAAUAAAUAUAGUUUGAUAGAAUAUGUAGCCCCA